CCUUAAUCCAUCAUCCUUCGGUGAGGCGAUCAUUUUACAGAGCGAAGCUACAAGAAAUCGUUGAGAGAGCAAUGAGGAAGUGGACGAUCCCUUCCGCUCUGCUUUUGCUAUGCCUUCUCUGCCUUCUUCCAGAUCAAGGGCGGAAGAUACACGCCAAUGCAGAAGCUGAUUCUGAAGAGUUGGUGAAUCCACCAAAGGUUGAAGAGAAAAUUGGAGCUGUUCCAAAUGGUUUAUCCACUGAUUCUGAUGUCGCAAAGAGGGAAGCUGAGUCUAUCUCCAAAAGAAAUCUCCGUGCCAAUGCGGAGAAGUUUGAGUUUCAGGCUGAGGUGUCUCGGCUCAUGGAUAUCAUUAUCAACUCUCUUUAUAGCAACAAAGACAUUUUCUUAAGGGAGUUGAUCUCCAAUGCUUCUGAUGCACUGGAUAAGAUUAGGUUCCUUUCCCUCACAGAUAAGGAGAUUUUAGGUGAAGGUGAUACUGCAAAGCUUGAUAUCCAGAUUAAAUUAGACAAGGAAAAGAAAAUCCUGUCAAUUCGUGAUAGAGGUAUAGGUAUGACAAAGGAUGAUUUAAUCAAGAACUUAGGAACAAUCGCAAAAUCUGGAACGUCAGCUUUUGUGGAGAAAAUGCAAACCAGUGGGGAUCUUAAUCUCAUUGGACAAUUUGGAGUUGGGUUCUACUCUGUAUAUCUUGUUGCAGACUAUGUUGAAGUCAUUAGCAAACACAAUGAUGACAAACAGUAUGUAUGGGAGUCUAAAGCUGAUGGAGCUUUUGCAAUUUCUGAGGAUGUUUGGAAUGAACCACUUGGACGUGGAACUGAGAUCAGAUUGCAUCUCAGAGAAGAAGCUGGGGAAUACUUGGAGGAGGCCAAAUUAAAGGAGUUGGUGAAAAGAUAUUCUGAAUUCAUCAACUUUCCCAUAUACCUCUGGGCAAGCAAAGAGGUUGAUGUAGAGGUACCUGCAGAUGAAGAUGAGUCAAGUGAUGAAGAAGAAACAUCUGACAGCAGCUCUUCUGAGGAAGAAGUGGAAGAUGAAGAUGAUGCUGAGAAAAAACCCAAAUCAAAAACAGUGAAGGAAACCACUUAUGAGUGGGAGCUUUUGAAUGAUGUGAAGGCUAUAUGGUUACGGAAUCCAAAGGAGGUGACGGAGGAAGAGUACACAAAAUUCUACCAGUCUCUAGCUAAGGAUUUUAGUGAAGAGAAGCCUCUAUCAUGGAGUCACUUCACCGCUGAAGGUGAUGUGGAGUUCAAGGCUGUUUUGUUUGUGCCUCCUAAGGCUCCUCAGGAUCUAUAUGAGAGUUACUAUAACACCAAGAAAUCCAACUUGAAGUUGUAUGUUAGACGUGUAUUCAUUUCUGAAGAAUUUGAUGAGCUUUUGCCUAAGUAUCUGAACUUUUUGAAGGGUCUUGUAGAUUCCGACACGUUACCUCUUAAUGUUUCACGAGAAAUGCUUCAACAACACAGCAGUUUGAAAACAAUUAAGAAGAAGCUUAUCCGCAAGGCCCUUGAUAUGAUUCGUAAGAUCGCCGAUGAGGAUCCUGAUGAGUCUAAUGAUAAAGACAAGAAAGAUGUUGAAAAGUCCAGUGAUGAUGAUGAGAAGAAAGGUCAGUAUGCAAAGUUCUGGAAUGAGUUUGGCAAGUCCAUAAAACUUGGUAUUAUUGAAGAUGCAUCCAACAGAAACCGCUUGGCCAAGCUUCUCAGAUUUGAAAGCACAAAGUCAGGUGGCAAAUUGGCUUCACUUGAUCAAUAUAUCUCAAGAAUGAAACCAGGACAGAAGGAUAUCUUCUACAUCACCGGUAACAGCAAGGAGCAGUUGGAGAAGUCUCCAUUCCUUGAGAGGCUUACAAAGAAGAAUUAUGAGGUUAUUUUCUUUACUGACCCAGUGGAUGAGUACCUGAUGCAAUACCUGAUGGACUAUGAAGACAAAAAAUUCCAGAAUGUGUCAAAGGAGGGCCUGAAACUUGGGAAGGACUCAAAAGAUAAGGAUCUUAAAGAGUCAUUCAAAGAUCUGACUAAAUGGUGGAAGAGUGCUCUUGCCAGUGAGAAUGUUGAUGAUGUGAAAAUAAGCAACCGUCUGGCUGACACCCCUUGUGUGGUUGUUACAUCAAAAUAUGGAUGGAGUGCAAACAUGGAGAGAAUCAUGCAAUCACAGACUCUUUCAGAUGCCAGCAAGCAAGCAUAUAUGCGUGGCAAGAGGGUGCUUGAGAUAAACCCAAGGCAUCCGAUCAUCAAGGAGCUUCAGGAAAGAGUAGUUAAGGACAGUGAGGAUGAGGGCGUAAAGAAAACAGCACAGCUCAUGUACCAAACAGCACUCAUGGAGAGUGGUUUCCUGCUCAGUGACCCCAAGCAUUUUGCCUCUAAUAUCUAUGAUUCAGUGAAGUCAAGCCUAAACAUCAGCCCUGAUGCAGCAGUGGAAGAGGAAGAUGAAGCAGAGGAGGCUGAGGCUGAGGCUGAGGCAGAAUCGAAAGAAGCUUCCACUUCCAAGGGUGAUGAUGCUGCUGCUGAUGCAGACACACUCAAGGAUGAGUUGUAGAUAGCUUGAAUGAUGGAUGGCACUUCCACCUCUUGUGAGAGGGGUUUCUGUAAUCGAGUCGAAUGAGAGAAUCUGAGACAUAAAUGUUGCAUUUAGGUUUGUGUUUUGUGGGGUCCGGUGAGGAUGCUAAAUUAUAGGAUCAAUGUAAACAUAGUUGACAAGAAUUUUGCCUCUAGCAUUUAGUUCAACGGAAGGUGCAGACAAGUGGCUGCCGUCUUUGUUUUUCUUUCUAUGCAAAAUAGUCUUGUUCCUCAAUUUUCUCAUUU